AUUUAUUCGAGUGAAGUCUUUCCACGGCUAACUCAUUCUAAUCGACGACGGUCCAACGAUAUUAAGGAAAAUAUUAACCUCGUAAAUAUGUUGUCCCUGAGAAUCAAAUACGCGAUGGCGCAUCUCUCGCGAAAGCAACACACCAGAUUAUUGGCACGUCCAAAUUGGAGAAGACUUCGUAGAGUGGACAUGAACAUAAUGGUAGAUCCAAACGCGAUAUCUCGCGCAGCUCUAACGUGUAAGGCCUCGAAGCGUAUCAAGAUCAUGGCCCGGCCAAAAUAUGUAACCAAGAAAUACGAUGUUCAGGACUAUCCACCACCGUACCAACGAAUUCAUCCAAGGACACUCGCAGCGAGGAGUACCAGUCGUAUUCGGAUUCUGGCUAUGCCGAAAAAGCGCGCUAUAGAGUAUCGGGUUUCCGAGCCUCCCAGGCCACCUCCGAGAGACCACGAUUGGAAACGACACAAGGAGAUCAUAGACAAACUGGCGAAACCAAAAGUCGUUCACAAGCCGAAACACGUUCCGAGAAAGAGGUGGCGGCCGGUCAGGAUGAGACGAAUACAGAGAUUGGCUAUACCAGUGAGCCGUGAGAUUCCGCUUACCAGAGAUCCCUUUUCGGUAACACGAUCCGCUCUAAGGUACAGGAUGACAGAACGUAUGAGGCAGCUCGUCUAUCGAAAAACCGAGUUGGAAGUUAUUACGCCACGGAAACCAGGCGUAGUUUCGCGAGCAGCCUUGAAAGCUAUCGCUACCUCGAGGACGUUAAUCCUGGCGAAGCCCGCGGUACGUCCCGCUGGAAUGGAAACGGAUCUCAGGGAGGACGCCUUCACCGUCUCCCCGGCUGCUUUGAAAGCGAGAUGCUCGAGACGAUUGAAAAAGCUCGCAAGGCCGAGGAAUUACAAGCAUACGAGAUAAUGAU